AUGCACCUUUGCUAAAUUAAUAGCCUCAAGGAAGUUUAAUUAAUCAAGGAAAUUAAAACUAAGUCAGAAAUGCAGAGAAUUUGUAUCAACCACGCCAAAUGGAGAAUUAAAAUAUAUGGCCAUAGCAAUUCGGGGACAUACUCUAAUUAUUACAUCGAAGAAAUCUUCAUUAACAUAAUCAUUACCAUAAUCAUCAGCAUUAAAAUCAUUCAUAUCAUAAUCGAAUUGAUUAGCAUGCAGAUAUUUUCCAUCAUAUUUAGCACCAUUAACAUAGAAACAGAUCUUUAUAAGGAGCAGCCUAAAUUAACAUAGAUAACAGAUCUCGAUUUGAAGAAUAAUAAAAAGCCAGUUAAGGAAGAGAUUAUUCACUAGCUACCAGAUUAAAAGUACAAAAAGAAUCAAGAAAAAAUCUAAUUUGAUGAUAAAGAAUAAUAAUGUUCAAUCUGUAUGACAGAUUUUGAGGAUGGAGAUGACAUGAAAAUUCUAAUGUGCUUUCAUAAAUUCCAUAAGGAAUGUAUACUUGAUUGGUUUAAAGAACAAAAUUUCUGCCCUAUAUGUAGAAUCAAUGUUAAUGAACAAAAAUGA